AUUCAAGUUACCUAGUUGGUGAACUAACGUUGGGAGGACAGCGAAUGACUGGCCGCACAAUUUGAGUGAGCGGUUGGGCAACCCCUGCACGGUCUCGGGCACUCAGAGACCCAUGACGAAAAUUCACCACUCAGUGCGGGCCCCCCUGACCAUUUCAGGCACUCCUACCUCUCAAAUAGUGUCCGCCGUUCACCGUCACGAUUCACAACACUUUGCUUCUGACUUCUUCCCUUUGCCACCUACGCCGGCUUUCCUUACUGCAUAUCCACACGCUCCGCGCCGGUCAGAAUCACACGCAGUACCCUUUUCCCCCUCCUUCGCUCGACGGCUUUAUAGCGAAGAACCUGACCAGAGUCGGUACCUCCACCACCGACGCACACCCACCCAACACCCACUUCGCAUCACCGACCGUUCCCUUUCCGCCCAACCGGAUCAGCAGACAGACACAAUGGCCCAGCCUGCGCCGUCGCCUUUGCAGCUCGAUUCCAAGUACGAUGACUACGAUUUCCCGACAUCCGCGCCCACCCCCCAAAACGGGCACCCCGGCUACCUGACCCCUGAGCAGCAGGCCCAGGUGCACCAGCUGCGGUUGCUGCUCGAGCAGGAGGGCUUCACCAAGCGCCUGGACACGCUUACAUUGUUGCGCUUCCUGCGCGCUCGCAAGUUCGAUGUGGAGCUGUCCAAGAAGAUGUUCAUCGACUGCGAGAAGUGGCGGCAAGAGACCAAGCUCGACGACACGGUGCCGAGCUGGGAGUACCCCGAGAAGGAGGAGAUGUUUAAGUACUACCCGCAGUACUACCACAAGACCGACAAGGACGGCCGCCCCGUGUACAUCGAGCAGCUCGGCGGCAUUGAUCUGACGGCCAUGUACAAGAUCACGACGGCGGAGCGCAUGCUGACGAACCUGGCGGUGGAGUACGAGCGGCUGGCGGACCCGCGGCUGCCGGCGUGCAGCCGCAAGGCGGGCACCCUGCUCGAGACGUGCUGCACCAUCAUGGACCUCAAGGGGGUGGGCCUGGCCAAGGCGCCGCAGGUGUACAGCUACGUCAAGCAGGCCAGCGCCCUGAGCCAGAACUACUACCCGGAGCGCCUCGGCAAGCUGUACCUGAUCAACGCGCCCUGGGGCUUCAGCACCGUCUGGAGCGUCGUCAAGGGGUGGCUGGACCCCGUCACGGUGCAGAAGAUCCACGUGCUCGGCAGCGGCUACAAGAGCGAGCUGCUCGCCCAGGUGCCCGCCGAGAACCUGCCCAAGCAGUUCGGCGGCGAGUGCGAGUGCCCGGGCGGCUGCGAGCUCAGCGACAUGGGCCCGUGGCGCGAGGCCGAGUGGGCCCGCCCGGCCUGGUGGGAGGGGAAGAAGAAGGAGGCGGACGAUGCCGCGAUCCAGACGGCAGCUGGCGACAUCAAGGCGGGCGAGGCGGCCGCGACAACUGCUGUCGAGGCUGCUGACGAGACCAAGGCCGAUGCUGCUGCUCCGGUUGCCGCAUAGGGGGGAGGUUUCAACUGCCUGACGCGGUUUGAAGAUAUGCGCUAGAGGCGGUGCCGUUCUGCAUGCAAACCAGCCUUUGAGCCCAGGUUUCUGAUGGACGGC